UUGUUUCUUAUGGUGUGUAACCGCUGCUCUGUAUCCUUCAAAAAAGCACCCAGAGCGGGUAUCAUCGUAUCCCCAUUUUCAACAAGUACUAAACAUUAAAGACUUAAAUUUUCCGAUCACUUUCUCAGAUAUUUCUAUAUUUGAAAAAAAUAACCCUAGUUUGAGUAUUUUUGUUUAUGGAUUAAAAAAUGGUAAAGAAAUAACAGGUCCGUUAUACAAAUCAGAGUCGACCAUAAAGAACGAUAAACGUAAAGUUGUACAUCUUUUGUUCCUAGAAAACGAUACAUCGUCUCAUUUUUGUCUAAUCAAAGACUUGACUCGUCUUGUUAGAAACCAAAUUACUAAACAUCACGAAAAAGUUUAUUACUGUGAAAACUGUUUGUUAUUUUUCCACUCAGUUGAACGCAUCAAUAGUCAUUUAUGCGAAGGAACUGUUACUGUUUUACCAGAAGAGGGUUCAUUUAUUACAUUUAAAAAUUACAACAGAAAACAAGACAUUCCGUUUGUUAUCUAUGCCGAUUUCGAAACAAUUCUGCGACCUAUUCAAGACAAUGACUGUGAUACUGCUAACACAACAAAAUUGCAAUGUCACGUGCCCGCGGCGUUUGCGUAUAAUAUUGUGUCUUCCAUUGAUCCUAAUUUUAACCAAUUUAGAAUUUAUCGUGGUAGAGAUUGUGUUAAUAAAUUCAUAAAUAUGCUUUUGGAUGAUGCUAAGGAAAUUAAUACUUUAUUGAAUACGAAUCGAGGAAUGAAAUUUACUGAAAGUGAUGCUCGUGAUUUCGAAAAAUCUUUAUAUUGCCACAUUUGUAAUAAUUUUUUAUGGGGGAAAAAAGUUAGAGAUCAUUGUCAUAUUACUGGAAAGUAUCGCGGAGCAGCCCAUCGUCAUUGUAAUUUACAAUUUAAAGUUCCUAAAUGUAUCCCGAUCUUUUUCCAUAAUUUAUCUGGCUACGAUUGCCAUUUAUUUAUUAAGCAGUUAGGAGAGGUUCCUGGAAAAAUAACAAUAAUACCUAAAACGAAGGAAAAGUACACCUCGUUUUCUAAAUUUGUUCCUAUCAACGAAAAAGAGUACAUACAUUUACGUUUCGUAGAUUCUUUUAAUUUCUUAGGAACGAGUUUAGACAAACUAACCAAAACAAUGAAAACUGAGGAUUUUGUUUAUCUUCGGCGUCAUUUUCCUGAAGAGGAAAAAUUCAAAUUAUUGACUCGUAAGGGAGUGUAUCCGUAUGAUUAUAUGUCAAGUUGGGAUAAUUACGAAGAAACCGCACUGCCAUCGAAGUCUUGUUUUUUUAAUUCAUUAAAUAAUGAUCCAAUUUCCGAUGAUGAUUACAAUCACGCGAUGUCUGUAUGGUCGCGAUUUAGUUUGACUAGUUUAGGAGAGUAUACUGACUUGUAUCUCAAAUCGGAUGUUCUUCUGUUAACAGAUAUAUUUCAGAAUUUUCGUAAGACCUGUAAGCGACAUUACACUCUCGACCCUGCCUUUUACAUCUCAGCGCCAAGCCUAUCGUUUGACGCUAUGUUAUUAAUAACAGGAAUCAAACUUGAACUUAUAUCUGACAUAGAAAUUACCCGAAUGAUUCAAGACGGAAUUCGAGGUGGAUUAUGUAUGUGUUCGCAUCGCUAUGCUAAAGCUAACAAUAAAUAUAUUAAUGAAUACGAUGAAUCACAACCCGAGUCUUAUAUCGUUUAUGUGGAUUGUAAUAAUCUUUAUGGUUUCAGUAUGUGUCAAUAUUUACCAUACGCGAAUUUCAGGUUUUUGCUUGAAAGCGAAUUAAAUGAUUUUAACGUUUCAAGUAUACCCGACAACAAUGCCUGGGGUUACAUACUUGAAGUAGAUCUGUUAUAUCCUGACCAUUUACAUCAAUACCACAACGAUCUUCCAUUUUGUGCAGAAAAGUGCAUUCCUCCUGGUGGUAAAACUAAAAAACUCGUUCCAAACUUAUAUAAUAAAUACAAAUAUGUGAUUCAUUACGUACACCUAAAAAAGUGUAUAGAGCAUGGUUUAAUAUUACGUAAAAUCCAUCGAGUUAUUACCUUUAGACAGAGCGCAUACUUAAAACAAUAUAUUGAUUUAAAUACCGAGUUACGCAAAAAAGCAACAAGCGUAUUUGAGCAGGACCUAUUUAAAUUAUUUAAUAAUAGUACAUUUGGAAAAACGUUAGAAAAUACCGAAAAUAGAGUGAAUGUCCAAUUAGUUAAUAGUUGGAAGGAUGAAAACAAUAUAACAAAAAAGUCUACCCAAGCGGAGCGAUUGAUAGCUAGUCCUUAUUUUCAUAGUGUUUCAGUGUUCACGGAGAACUUAGUUGCUAUACAAAUGAAGCCCGACCAGAUUGUUUUAGAUAAACCAAUAUACAUAGGGUUUACAGUGUUAGAGUUAUCAAAAUCCCAUAUGUUUCACUUUCACUAUAAUGUCAUCAAGCCCUUUUAUAAAGAUAGAGUACAAUUGUGCUAUAUGGAUACCGACUCGUUUUUGUAUUUAAUACAUACAAAAGAUUUUUAUCUGGACAUAAAAAGUACUUUUCAUAGUUAUUUCGAUACAAGUAAUUACGACGAGCAAAACCAAUGGUGCCUUCCUAUUAAAAACAAAAAAGUUCCUGGUCUUUUUAAAGAUGAGAUGGGAGGAAAGAUUAUUACUGACUUUGUCGGUUUACGCUCAAAACUUUAUUGCGUGAAAAAUUGUGAUCAAGUUAUCAAAAAGGCUAAAGGCGUAAAGUCCUCAGUAGUACGUGACUUAACCAUUACAGACUAUGAAAAAGUUCUCUUUGAUAAUGAAAUAAUUAAAAGAAAAAAUAUUUUGUUCAAGUCGAUAAAACAUCAAAUAUUCACACAAAGCGUAAAUAAAGUUGCAUUAUCUAACAGCGAUGACAAACGAUCGAUAUGUACCGAUAAAAUUAGAACCCGAGCUUGGGGAAACGCUUUAACUUUUAAAAACCUAGAUUAUGAGUAAAACCUAAAGACCAUCUCAAAUAAUCAUAAGUAGUAAUAUAAUAAAUUACUUAAUAAUUAUUAACUUAAAUUUGUAUAAAAUUGGUUACGAAUUAUUUAUUAUUUAUUUAUUAAAAAUAAGCACAGUACUUAAUACAUUUUUUUACAAUUGACGGUGCAACAAAAACCAACUUUGGUUUAUCCGUACACCGACAUUCACCAUCGUCGCUUCCAAUUUGCAACAUAAUAUCAUGCUCGAACAAAUAGUACAAUAAAUUGGAACAUGUAGGUAGGAAUUUAUACACUUGCAAGCGAAGUACACAAAAACUAGUUCGCUGCAUCAGCUUCACCCCGCGCGUCACACGUAACUACCGGACAGCGCGACACACAGGAGGUUUUUGCGGCUUCUCUAAUAUUUUUCCUGAUUUAAGAAAUGGUGCUUUAGUUUGUAUUUAAUGUUAAGUUCAGUGAUUUCAUUUUUAAGGUUAGUAGAUUUAGGUCAAAAAAGUUUUCAGAGAGGAGUGUAUAUUUAAUUUGGUCGUGUAUAGGCAUGAUUUUGCAGUGCUGAAAUAGGUGUAAGUAAUUGUUCUUAUGCUUCGUUUUAAUUUUAGGAGGCACAAUGGCUUUCAAUAGUCUUAAUUGCAAUCUGUAUAUUGCAUCAAGAUGUGUCUUACACGUUCUACCAU